UGGUGGCAUAGUUCGUUGUGCUCGAAGGGCAUGGUGGAUCGUCCUCAAGCACAUCGCAGCUCGGCUUCCGCUUUGUGGGAUAGAACGAGUGGUCUGUGCGCACAAGCGCCUUUCACCAGACGUGCGCUUCAAGCAUUCACCUCCCAGGCCAUCUCUUGUCCGUUCAGUUGGGUCUCAGUAUUGAAUGCCUUCACCGCCGUGGGCUCUCUCCGGGCCAUUCUCAGAUGAACGCUGGCAGCUUCGAUGAACCACCCGUCACGAUCAGGACCUUCCUAUUCUUGCUGAUGUGCUGCCCGCAUCGUAUUCCUUGACCCCGCAAAACAGAAAUUCGUCGUCGGCACACGAUGUGCCAGUUCGCAGAUCAUAUCUCGUUCCUGAGCCGCCUUGAGCGGGGUCAGACACCGGUGGCUCGUCAUCCCGAACUGCCUCAUUUUCUUCCGUAGGAGCAAAGCUCCUACAAACCUUAUUCUACCCUCCUCACGUCCCGCUCUCUCUGCGCUAUGGACUGCCGAAUCAAGUUCUUUUCUCUUUUGUUUACCAUAUCGUUGCUACCUGCGGCUACAUCAGUGGGACCGCCCCUCCGUGAGACUCCGAAAUGUCGAUUCUCCCCUCAGUACUCUCUGGAAGAUGUCCUAUCCGACAGUGAUGCCUUUGUUUGGGACCUGUUAUACUGGGAAGGUCACUUCCAUCAGAAUAAUGUCGGAUACAACCAAGCAAACGGCAUGACGUUCGAUGGUACCUUGCUAGAUCCCAUCACAGGCACGGCCAACUUCAGUGGCCUCCAUCCUUUUAGUGCAGCCAGCAAAGAAUCUCUGCACGUUAUGAUUCUUGCGCAUGCCGUUGCCGGUAGUUCUUUCGCAGCACGCUUCUUAUCUCCCGAAGAGCCUCAGAGCACGCCACGAAUCGCCUAUGAGAUCCUAGAGAAGAAGCUCAAGACAUACGUCCAGUUCAACCAGACGUACCCUGGCUUUGGGGGGUUUCUUCCGUGGUUCCUAAGCAACGAGACUGAUAUCCGACCCACUUUGGACUGGGUCAACAGAGUACCUGCUCUUGACAACGGCGAGCUGCUAUGGGCGGUCUAUGGGGCGGUCCAGGCACUUGAACGCUCGAAUCAGUCCGAGUUUACGGAUCUGGCACGUGGUUGGCAAGCCUGGCUAGACUACACCAAAACCACAGCAACUGAGGUUUUUUAUAACGGCACAGGACGUGUCUGCGCUGUCACCGCCAUUGGAAACCAAUCGGAGCCCCUUGGCGGGCCUGAUCAGUCGUACAUGUGCGAAGGCAAUCAGACUCUUAACGAUCCGUACGAGGGGGAGCUCUUCACGUGGUGGUUAUAUCUGUUCUCGGACCUCAACACCGCGAAGAAGGAAGAGCUCUGGACCGUCAAACGAACCCAGGUUGUUGCUACCGAGUGGCAUUCCAAUACUUCCCUUGGAGAUGUCACGGUUCAGAAGGGUUACUGGUUUUCAAGCCACGAGCAGUGGAAGCUCUUGGAAAUGCCGUACACCGAUGUGUUGCUCAUCAAGCGCAUUUUCCACAACGCGGAGCGAGCGCGGACGUGCAACUCAUUCUUGAACGGCGUCCCAGGAAUGUAUGCUUCAGUAAACAACGUCACGGACGAGUCUGGUCAGAUCCUAGGGUACAUUUCAAACGCCGGUGUUCCGAGCAUCUCGUUUCUGCCCGUGCAGGAGCUCGAUGUCAUUACUCCCUACUCGGUCUUCCCUACCGUCCUCUUCGAUCGAAACGUUGGUCUUGCGUGGUGGAAAAACAUGGUUGACGGCAAAGGCAUGCAGAACCUGUACGGCUCCACAGAGUCUGAGAGGGUGGAUGGCGCCGGUAUCAGUAGCUUUGUGUCAUGGGAUAGCAAGGUUACCACCGUCGCUGCGAUACUAGGCGGUGUGACAGAUCUCGUAAGGGACAAGAUGAAGGAAGAUGGUAUUUAUGACACGUUUGUCGAGGUAUCCCAGAGAGAGUACACGCUUGCUUUUGGAGACAGGCUGGAGGGAGAAGAUGUGGAGUUGUGCUUGCCCAACGUUGGCGUGCCGGAUACCGGCAAGGUCGUGGAUUAUGAAUCAUGUCGCUAAGAGAUUACAACGGCCUUGAUAGGGCGUACCACAGGGGCAUGCAGGAUGCACUUCAACUGUGCACGAUCGGGACAUUCCCGACGUUUCGUCCGCCAGUAUGCAGCUCUGCUCGGAU